GGACAAUGAGUUGAUAACAGCAAGACUUGGGUGCAGUCAGUGGAACUGAGAAUUUCGUUUAAAGUUUCCUCUCACAGAAAAAAAAAGGUUUUCGACAAAAAUGGCGAACUUCAGGGCGGAUGAUAACAAAGAUGUCACACUAGUCCUAACAGUAUAUAUCAUAGCCUUUAUAACAGGAUUCCCAACCAACAUUUUAGCUCUUUACACAUUCAUAAAUAAAGUUUGGAAAAAGCCUUCACCGAUUGAUAUUCUCCUUAUGAACCUUACUCUCUCUGAUUUGCUGUUGCUGAUAUUUUUGCCAUUCAAAAUGAAAGAGGCUGCGUCCAAUUUCAAAUGGUUCCUUCCAUACGCCCUGUGCCCACUCACUGGGUUUAUCUUUUACAGUAGCAUCUACAUAAGCAUCCUUUUCCUGACGGCUGUUAGUGUAGAGAGAUACAUAGGAGUGGCCUUUCCCAUUAAAUACAAGGUAAAGAAGAAGCCAUUAUAUGCCAUAAUGGCGAGUGCCUUCAUCUGGGUUUUUGCAUCAGCACACUGUAGUAUAGUUUAUAUAAUACAGUAUAAGAAAACACAGAAUGCAAGCAAUGACACAUGCUUUGAAACUUUUACUCCUGACCAACUGAAAGUUCUUCUGCCGGUAAGAUUGGAGCUUUUUGUGGUUUUGUUUUUGAUCCCAUUGUUAAUCACAACCUAUGCAUAUAUCAAUUUUGUUAGAAUUCUGAUGUCACUGCCUCAUAAAGAUAAAGAGAGAAAGAUACGGGCUGUAUCACUUGUUAUAGUCACACUCAUCAUUUAUAUUGCCUGCUUUGGACCAUACAACAUCUCCCAUGUGAUUGGAUAUCAAAUCAAUGACAGUCCAACCUGGAGGAAAUAUGCCUUAUUAAUGAGUACAAUCAAUACCACUUUGGAUCCUAUCAUAUUUUAUUUUUCAUCUACUGCCGUCAAGAAAUCAUUUGGGCAUAUCUUUGGUGGAAUAAUAAAAAAGAUUUCUUCCAUAUGUAAAUGUAAACUUACUUGUUGUAACACUGUGGAAAAAGAAGAAACUUCAACAGUAGAUAAAUCACUUACUUUUGCUUGAAGUAAAGGGAUUUUUUUCACUGACUCUUAAAGGCAAGUUUUAUUUUUAUAGCACUUUUUCCUUUCUGCAUGCAAAAGAAAUUGCAGCAACUACAUCAAUAGCAUCUCUCAAAUAUGAUGGAAGACAAUGGCAUGAUUAGACUUAACCUUAAGACAAUGGAAUGAUUAGACUUAACCUUAGCCACAAUGCCAAAUGCUACUGACUACCCACUGAAAUCUUAACUGGGCUUAAUACUGCUUCCAAAAUCAACAUAAGUGGUUAGUCCUAAUAUUAGUAUAUUUGAUUUAAAAAAAAAACUAACAAACUACACUUUUUAUUCCUGUUAACUAUUCAUUCUUUGUGUAAUUAAAGACUCAAAUUAUUCUGAAUACUCUUCUUUGGAAUGCAGAACAACCUCAUAUGCAGAAUGAAUUUGAAACUGUGGAAAUUAUAAAUAAAUGACUAAUGGCCUGUGGUUUACCAAAAGAACUUAAUUACAUUUUAUGAAAGAAGCUGUGGGUCAUUGUCAAAUCACGUAUCAGAUUCUGUGAUUAACAACACAGUUGCCACAUCAACAAAUUUAUUUUAAGUUAAACAAAUUGUGAAUGGAAGUAUGUUUCAAAUAGCAGAGUAGUAUCUGAAUACCCAAAUAAUACAGUAACUAAACAGAUUAAAUUGUAUAUCUUACUGUUCUCUUAGAUAAUAUCAUUUAGUUUUUAAAGAUGGGCAUGAAUAAAAAAGCAGGAGUGAGUUGCCCUAAUCAAGGAUGGAAUGUAGCACUAAUAGUUUAUGUAUGAAAAUGUGUGUUGGAAAAAUACUCCAGUAUGUAAUAAACAGAAUGGUAAGUUUAUAAGAGGACACAGAUAAUAGCCACAGAGUGGUUGCAUAUGACAAAAUCAGAUUUAGAACUCAGAUGAUUGACAUCACGAGUAUAAAAAUUAGAAGACUGUGCCCCCCCCUUUUUUUUCACACAGGCAGUACAUUCAUUUUUUCAUGUAAGAGUUUAUACCUACCAGCAUUUAUAAGCAUCCUAGUUGCAGAUAACUAAAUACGUACAUAUAUAGUUAUAUGAUUCAGAAAACCAUGUCUAUGUACCACAGUUUUUCAUAUAAAUGGGGUAUGAAUCAGAAAAGAAUAUCAUCUAUUGCUGUUGUGUUUAAUGUUCUUCUCUAAUGCUCUCAUCAGGACCCCAGAACAUUGAAACAUCAAGAAUUACAGUUGCCUAUAGCAGGUAUAGCAAUUAGUCCUUUCCUCGGAUUUUCGGUAACAACUCUGACCAUAUGAGGGCAUACAUGGUAACAAUCAGAGCAGUUUCACAGAUAUGACAGAAUGCACCUUAUACAUAUUAUAAUAACAUCUAAUAUGUGGAUAUGGGUGGGGCAGUUCUUAUCUAGGUAUUCUGUUCUUAAUAGGGUGCUUUGCAGUAGCCUCUGCUACCACAUACUAUUCGAAAAUGAAGGGCAUUUUACGUCUCAUUCAAUAAUAUAGCAUCCAUUUUUUAUAUUAAUAUGGCUUAUGAAAGUUUUAGAAAGAUAUAAGUACCAAAAUUAUAAACAAAAAAGUCAACAAUGAAAUGUCAUGUACAGGUAAAAUUUCACUAGAACACAACAGAGAUACUAAAGGAAAAUAUAUCACUUAAUUGGUUUAUAAGUGCUUGCUGGCACUAUGUAAAGAAAGAUAUUUUCCAUCAGAUAUGCAACAUUAACAGUUGAAAAAAAUGGUCCAGGACUCACUGGAUCAAAUGAAACAAAAGAAGGCUCAUCAAAAGAAAUAAUGAUUCAAAUCAGACUAAGAUGACCCGAGGAAACAAAAGAAAAUAAAUUUGUUUAAUACUUCAAAACAGGCCCCUCAAAAAGAUAAUGGACAAAUGAUGCACAGCGGACAUGUCAGGAUCUCACUUCUGCCAGCAUUUUCAGGUGAAACAAUUGCACAACAUGCUAGAUAAGUACGGUGACUAAAGCAAAACAAAAUAUUGUUAUAGUGCAUGCAGAAAAAAAUAAUCGCUAAGCUGCAGUGGUUUAUAGGGAAAGAUAAAAAAGUCAAUUUUGUAAUCAUUACUUUUUGCUUGGAAGGAAACAAGGUGAUGCAAAAAAUCACUUUAUAAUAGGCCUGGUAUGGUUCUUCAGUCUGAAGAGGUAUUAAUGUAAGCAACCCUCCCCACAAAUCUAUAUGGUGUAAAACUUUACAAGUCAGUGUCAGCCUGUGUGUAUAGUUAAAAAAAUAAAUAAAUAACUCAACUCUCCAAACUAUCGAUAGCAGAGAAGACUAUUGCCAUUUCUUGAGAAUAGCUACUCAAGCCAAUAUUGAUAUUUAUUUAACUGAUAAGUUCACAGGAAUAAAAUACCAAAGGAGACUCCUAUCUCCAGUGUAACAGCAUUCUACAAAGGGGCAAUGGUUACUUGUAGCAUGCAAGGGGGUGCUCCAUGCAAGCAGUGUAGUUACUAGUUAUAGUGUUUGAAGCAUCACCAUUAGCACUAAUAAAAGUUCUCUCAUCUUCCACACAAAUGAUGUGAUACUGGAUGAUGCAUAUAUAUUAGUUAGAAGGCAUGUUCAAUGCAACCAUCUACAACACCCAAGGCAGAUUUAAUGAGAUCCUUUGGGAAAUACAGUGAACAAAGUAGAAGACUGCAAGAAAGUAAAGCCUGCUUACUACCAGUACUCAAAAAUGACCAAAUACUUGCACAAUCCUUCAUUGUGUGACUGAAAUCAGCUUGGCAUUUUAGUCAUGUUCUGGGAAGGCCAAGAAAACAAAAAAUGACAAACAUGGAAGCCUGAUAUAUAUUAUACCAGUGCUGAAAGUUAAUGGUCUUAACUAAGUCUUAUGAGUGGGAAUAUCACCCCAGUGCAUGUUCCCUAUAUCUUAGUAAGUAAUCAUAGGGUAUAGCAUGUUCUUGUUAUCAAAGAAUAGAUAUAGGUUUCAUGUAUGGGUUUUGUAGGCACACAGAAAAAUGAUACAAGAUUGGUGAGCCCUAGACCUACAUAAUCAAAAUGAGUAUGCACAUCUACUGCAGCAUUCAGAUUCAUCAGCAGCUGAUACCAUUUAAAGCAUGUAAUGUUUGCUAAAAUAGCAUGCCAGGCUUUUAGCCUCCAACACUAGGCACCCCCUUGACAAAACACUAGUCCCAAUUAUUGCAUAUGACAUUUUUUCCAAAUCUUAGAAAUGCUGUUGAGUCAUAUCCAUUAUGUAGAUGGCCUUUACUUUACCCCACUGUACUAAGAUCACAAUACAUGCAGAGCAGUGUGCAUCCAGGUAUUGUAUUGCAUGCCUAAGGAUUUAGGGCAUGCAGUCAAAUGGCCUAAAGUGCACUUAUAAGGAGUUAAGGCUUUUACAUAGGAGAAGAGCUAAGCAUUGUCAGGCCUGUCAUCAACAAAAACAGUUAUCUGUAUAGUGUUUGUUGGGGGGAUUAAUUACCAAUAGACAGCCAGCUCAACCAUGGUACAGAAUGUAUCUGGGUCAUCCUGUUGUUUAGCCUGUAUUCCCAUGGUUCCACAUUUUAGGAGUGCUAAAAGUAUUUAAAAAUUAUUUAAAUCAGAUUCACUCACCCUUGAGAAUCAUUACAACUGUUGAAAAAUGUUAUUGUUAUUAUCCACUAUGUACUCUCAUGUCUGUUACAUAAAUAUAUACUCUUUAAAGCAAAUCUUUCAGUAAACAGCAGUUGUAUACCAAAACUCUCCUAUUCUUUCAAUCUAAGGAACUAAUCUUAAUUGCUGUCUGGCAACAUCCAACUAUAUGAAUGGUAAGUGAAAAGGACUAGGCUGCGGAACAACAAAAUCAUCUAACACAAUUAUCAAAUGCAUAAAAUAAGAAACAAGACUGAGGAUAUGACUUGGUAGACAAUUUUG